AUGACAACGACACUUUCCGUUUGCCCAACGCGAAUAUACAGGUCCACGACCACCCACCCCCUUCUACCAUUCCCAAACAACAACGCCCUCCUGUCUGCGCGGAAAAAAAACAACCUUUCAAUCAUUUCUGCUCAGUGCAGUAACUAUGCUACUCAGUGCAGUAAAUAUGCUACUCAGUGCGGUAACUAUGCUACUCAGUGCGGUAACUAUGCUACUCAGUGCAGUAAAUAUGCUACUCAGUGCGGUAACUAUGCUACUCAGUGCGGUAACUAUGCUACUCAGUGCAGUAACUAUGCUACUCAGUGCAGCAACUAUGCUACUCAGUGCAGCAACUAUGCUGCUCAGUGCGGUAACUAUGCUACUCGGUGCGGUAACUAUGCUACUCAGUGCGGUAACUAUGCUACUAAGUGCAGUAACUAUGCUACUCAGUGCAGUAACUAUGCUACUCAGUGCGGUAACUAUGCUACUCAGUGCAGUAACUAUGCUACUCAGUGCAGUAACUAUGCUACUCAGUGCGGUAACUAUGCUACCCAGUGCAGUAACUAUGCUACCCAGUGCAGUAACUAUGCUACUCAGUGCGGUAACUAUGCUACCCAGUGCAGUAACUAUGCUACCCAGUGCAGUAACUAUGCUACUCAGUGCGGCAACUAUGCUACUCAGUGCGGUAACUAUGCUACUCAGUGCAGUAACUAUGCUACUCAGUGCGGUAACUAUGCUACUCAGUGCGGUAACUAUGCUACUCAGUGCAGUAACUAUGCUGCUCAGUGCAGUAACUAUGCUACUCAGUGCGGUAACUAUGCUACUCAGUGCAGUAACUAUGCUACUCAGUGCAGUAACUAUGCUACUCAGUGCGGUAACUAUGCUACUCAGUGCAGUAACUAUGCUACUCAGUGCGGCAACUAUGCUACUCAGUGCGGUAACUAUGCUACUCAGUGCAGUAACUAUGCUACUCAGUGCGGUAACUAUGCUACUCAGUGCGGUAACUAUGCUACUCAGUGCAGUAACUAUGCUGCUCAGUGCAGUAACUAUGCUACUCAGUGCGGUAACUAUGCUACUCAGUGCGGUAACUAUGCUACUCAGUGCAGUAACUAUGCUACUCAGUGCGGUAACUAUGCUACUCAGUGCGGUAACUAUGCUACUCAGUGCAGUAACUAUGCUGCUCAGUGCAGUAACUAUGCUACUCAGUGCGGUAACUAUGCUGCUCAGUGCAGUAACUAUGCUAGUCAGUGCGGUAACUAUGCUACUCAGUGCAGUAACUAUGCUAUAGAAAAGUGUUCGCUCCUUCCUCUCCCAUCUCCAUGA